GCUGGGGCUACAGCAGCGGCUACGGCGACUUCGACGGCCAGAACGGCAGGAGUCGCUGGAGCGGGCACCAGGCCCAGGCUCGCGGAGGCGGCGGCCGCGGCUACGGCGCCGCCCCGGCGAGGGAGACGAGGCGAGGCCGGACCGGGGUAGGGCCAACAGCUCCUGGUACGCGGAGGACGACGGCUGGAGGCGCAGCAGGAGCGUGGACCGGGGCGGCAAGGAACCGAGCUACGACAAGCCCGGCUUCCGCAAGGCGGACGCUCCGAGGCGGCCGGUGGACAACCCGUACUCCAGGUCCAGAG